UGUUUAUUUACGUUCUUAUGUCAGUCACACGCAAAUCACAAUAGUCAUUACCAAAAAAUUUAAAAUUCUCAGUGUGAUGAUCUUUUUAAAGUGAUUUAAGAUGUUGUGGUAUCUGCCAUGGUCUGAAAGUAUUAAAAAAAGAGCCUGUAGGUAUCUUCUACAGCGUUAUCUGGGAAAUUUCCUUGAAGAAAAAUUGACUUUAAAUCAGCUGAGUGUCGAUCUGUACAAUGGAACAGGAACAGUUAGCGAUGUUAGCCUUGACUGCGAAGCUCUUAAUGAGCUGGGUGAUACCCAAAACUGGCCCUUGGAGAUUGUUGAUGGGUACAUGCAAGAGAUAACAGUUACCAUCCCAUGGUCAACUUUACUCAAAGAUGAUUCAGUUGUUGAAGUCAAUGGACUAUCCCUUACUGUACAGCCAAAAGUACGACAAGACCCAGUACCAUCAAUGCUGGAGUCAAUGUGGUCCUCUAUGUCGUCAUCAAUGCAGUUGGCUGCAGAGUGCCUCAGAGAGGAAGAUGGACCACAGGAAUCAAAUCCUGUGGAAGGAAUUGAAAUGUUUGCUCAUACUAUAGAUUCAAUUUUAAGCCGAGUGAAAGUAAAAUUUGUAAAUACAAAGAUUAGAUUAGAACAUGUUCCUAAGAAUGGUGAGAGAGGUAUCGCAUUAGAAAUUCACAUUAAAAAAAUUGACUACUUUGAUGAGGCUGGCGUCGAACCAACUCCAGAUGUAACAGAUCCGGAUAAACCGAAAACAUACUUAGUUGCCACAUAUACAAAUAAGAAAAUCCGUUUCGAAGGCGUCACAUUGUAUACGGACGAGUUCCCUUCAAAAAUGCGUACAAUGGCCAGGAGUCUCAUUAUGGAGAAGUCUGUGUCAUCGCAGGCGGACAAGUCUGAUACCCCCGCUGAGGAUAUAAAUUACCAGAGCACGACAUCUGACGUCUUCUAUGAGACCCGUAGCGUGAUAUCUACAAUUGACUCCGAACAUGUUAAAGAAGUGGUUCCUGAAAUCAAAACCCACAUAGAAAUCAGGGAAGCCACCCCUGAAGAGAGGGCUAGUCAACCCGAUCCUAUCUUGUUUGCGAAAUUAACAGGUCAACAGGAGUUGGCGCUUAAAAUCAAGCAUUCGGAAGAAGUGGAAGGGCCUAAGGUGGAGGUGAAAAUGUUGCUAGGUUCCCUAAUCGUGUUCAUUUCACCGCGACAGUUACAUACUUUAAUUGAGCUCAUUGAUGCCGUUAAUCAACCUCAGUUAGAGGACACCAGCAAUAUACCUUUGCGCUCUAAUAAUAUAAACGUUCAAUGCAAGCCAAUGAGGCAGGCUGAUUUCCAACUGAUAGAGGCUCAAUUACUUGGUAAUUUAGAAAGGCACAAUAGCAAGCCCACCAGUUCUAAAUAUGGCUGGUCCGGACCAAGUUUAGAUGAGAGCGACAACGAGAGUGAAAAGUUCCACCCGAUGACGUCACCAGGCGGCAAUAUGGCAGAGAGUUUCUCCUCCUCCGUAAGCUCCAUGAGCACCAGCAUGACGUCCAGCAGUGUCAACAUUCCGACAGCGCAGCCUCGCAUCAAACGGAAUAGAAAAGUUCCACACAUCGACGGUGAUCCAACGGCCGAAGUGUCUCAUAUCGGGUUUAGGGUUGCCUCAAUGUCCUGCAUUCUACUGCACAAGGAUAUCCUUACCACUACUCCCUUGGGAGCCGACUGCAUAUCUCCAUCGUCUGCGAGCAAACUGCACGAGAUCUCCAAAGAGUUCUUUGACAGUCUAGCUCCCUUCACCGUCGUCGACGGGGGGAAGAGAGAAUUUUCUAUGGCCAACAACGCCAUAGACAAUGCAACAAAUUUAGACCACUUAAGGUUAAUAACAUCGGAAGUGACAAUAGACGGUAGCGACAAAACCACAUCGCACGGGAAUCAAACCGUGUGCGAGGCUUCCAUAGGCAGGCUGUUAGUGAGAGAGUGCCUUUACUCUCAAGACGAGGAUCGGAAGCCGCAGGGCUUUGAUUUGAUACGUUUCAAGCACACUGAGGACGAAGAGAAAAAGUCAACUCGUGCAAACAUAAAAAUAAACUUUAAACAGACUUCAAAGUACAUACGCAUCGCCGGAGAAAAGAAACUGGCGAACCCUACUACGGAUAUUGUUAUGAAAUGCACUCCGUUCCACGUGGACGUGGAAUUGACUUUGAUUGAGCGAAUGGCAGCCAUUUUCAACGGUAGCCCCAUACCUAACACUGGCACGUCCAAUGCUACAACACCACCACAAAACCAAUUCAAUUUCUCAAUGCAGUGUCCGAAUCUUAAUGCUACGUUGAGGUUCCCCAUAGCCGAUCUCAGACCGAGUGUAAAUCGCGAUAUAAGACGUGUUCGGCCCGAUUACCUCGCGUUCAAGUUUCAAAACGUCACGUUUGGCUCGCAACAGACUCCUAGCCCGCGACCGCUGCCAACGGCGGUCACUUUGAAGGCGACUAGCAUAGACUUAUACUAUCAUGAAAACGAUACUUUGCCUGCAACACACAUUGCUCGAACGACGAUGAGCGAUCCAAUGGAAGGCAAUAUUCUUACUGGCAACACGAGUGCUUCACCGUUACCAACGAUCUCCCUAACAUUCAAACCGCAACGGACCAACAAGGGUCCGUUUGACUCCAUAUUGGACGACGUCCCAUUCGAGCCGGCGACAGUUAACCCCAUGACUACCUCUAUGUACGUCAUGAACAACCUGCAGAGCUCCGUGCCCAGCCCUUUUAGCGGCAAGAAAAUGGCACACGAGAGCGUCACUAAACACGAAAAUGACACGCAAAGCCAAGAAGAAGAGCUGGUAGUGCCUGGUUCUGAAGAAGAAAUGGCUGAGUUCACAAGCAGUGCCAUAGAACAUUCCUCUAUACACCUAGCAUUCAAUUUGCCGAUCCUCAGUCUGCAACUAGAAUCGAAACAACUCUAUGAGAUAAUCUACAACCGUAUAAACUCGGACCUGCUGCUGUGGGAGCCGCAGUUCGUGGACCCGUUCGAAAUCAACCCGCUCAUGACGCAGUCUAUCUACCCUGCCUUUGGAGUUUGCAAAGGUAGUGGCUACGAUUCAGAAUCAGAGAGUUCCUCGUCGGAAGAAGAAAACCUAUACUAUUCCACUUAUGACAACAGAACGAAGAAAAACUUAGCGGCCAACAAGCAAAUUCACGAAACCAAAGAAACGCACGACUUUUGUCUCUCGCUCAAAGUCGGCAAAGGGUUGCUUACCAUUUACGCUCCUGUCAGAGAUAGCAACAAGCUCGUAGUGCCCGGACAGAUGGGUGAACUAGUUCUGGAGGCACGGAAACUAUCAAUGUGUCAAGUGAGCGGACUCAACGGACGACCGAAAACGGCACAGCUUUGUCUACGGGCGGGGAAGACGACGCUAUAUCACGACUCAUUAAUAACAAUACCGUCAGAGAAGCCGAGCUUAAGGUUGUAUGGUACUAGUCUGCCAUCGCACCUAAAGAGCACAAUUUAUCCGUCAAACAAGGGGGUCUUAGUGAAAGAUCAUCUCAGAAAUAAAGACAUGUUCUCGCUCGCACUAAAAGUGGCACCGGAUACCGAAACACCUAAUCUGAAAGCGAUUUGCAUAGCUCUCGGCAUAGAGCAAGCCACUCUCCGGCACAGAGGCGACAAGGGCAUAGCGUGGCUCACGCAGCUCAUGGACGUGAUCGACGUCAUUGACUACCCGGUGCCCGGCUAUACACCCUCCACUGUUCUGUCUGAAUUACACGUCCAUGUCUGGGAUUGCGCCAUUGAUUAUAGGCCUCUCUACCUCCCUAUACGUUCCGUGGUCACCCUAGGCAACUUCAGCGUAUCCAGCAAUCUGAUAGCAGAGACCAACACAUCCUGCCUUCGGUUCCUCAUACAAGAGUGCACGCUAUUCUUGGCCUAUGUGCACAACACGAAGCCGCAAGUGCUUGUACCUGCAGAUGACGAUAAACACCCGGACGUCAAUAAGGACUACAUUUGCGUGGUCGAUUUGGGACUGUUCGAGCUAUCGUUGAGGAUGAACGACAAAUCGAAUGGAACAAGCGGCGGACCGCAAAUGGAUCUAAGCGCGUCCAAUAACAUCGUGAAUCUUUACACGUGCUGGGACUCUGCAUCAGCGCUAUGUCGCCUACUGACUUACGUCGCAUCGGAUGGCGACUGUCAACCACCCUUUGAUCCUUCCUCACGGCAUACCAGUAUAUGCUCCGAUCAACCUUUAGAACAACUCGUCGGUUUGGAAGAUCGUCCCGCUGAAGAAAUCCGAGAACUGUCACCAAGUGAAAUUCAACAUGUUAAUGAUAUGAUGGCCGAAGCUAUGAAAGAAAGCCCAAACACCACACUCGAAGAAGAUGACCUGAAUAGCUCUACGGAAAAAGAUGGUGUAGAAGUGUUCUUCUUCCCGGACGAGUCCAAUAUGAAGCAGAAGCAGCCAGAGCCACUGGUGGAAGUGGAAUCCGAGCCGAAAUCACUGGAAUUUGACGAAUUUCACGUGGGUGUGGAGACGGCAAUGGAGGCGAGGCCGUGCAACGCGCACGUCGCUAAAGAUUUAGGGGAUCCUACUUCGACGCCGAAGGCUUCUCCGCAAAAACCAAAACGAAGGAAGUUUCGUAAACAGCACAAAUCGAGCGGCGAGGGCAACAACACAGACGACGAGUAUUGCAUCAUAGACAGCCAGUUUGUGGACGAAGACGACGAUAUAGCCGAACCUAAGACAACCUGGUUGGAUGGGGGACCGCAAAUGGUUACUGAUAACCAUUUCCACGAACCCGCAGCUAGAGCUGAUGUACUGCAAGCGCCUAAGAGCUUCCCGCCUCCAGUAACAAGGUACACUCUCUGCGAAAUGUCUGUAGCUUGGACAAUGUACGGAGGCACAGAUUUCCGACAGACAUCUGACCCUUCACCAGCCAAGAAAUCGGUCACCAUUGAUGAUCCGCGGAAACAAGGGUCGCCUUCAGUGAGCAAACGCAACAAAGACUACGAGCCUUACGACACGUCGCGGACUCUCAGCGGCGGCGUCAGUUACUCAGCGGGCGCUGAACGAGCGCGCGCACACACAAGGGCGCCGCCCCGACGCGACCUGCGCGAGAGAGGAGGCCCGGCCAGGGACCACGGCACCAGCGUUAAGAUAUGUCUCAACAAGGUGAAGUUCGUCCACGAGACGUAUCCGUCGAGCGGUAAACACGCGUCGCGGCAAACGCUCGCCAUUCACAAGGUCGAGGUGAUCGACCAGCUGGAGAUCAGCGACAUUAACAAAAUGCUCAGUCAGUACCAGCUGAAGGACGAGCCCGAGAGGAAGCAUGCACAUAUGUUGGUCGUGAAACUGGUAUAUCUACGGCCAGAUCCGGCCAUGUGUGCGCAAGAGUGCUGCGUCAAAGUGUCACUGCUACCCCUUCGGUUCAAUCUCGACCAAGACACGCUCGCAUUCGUCGUCGGAUACUUCUCCAAGCUCGGCACCGACGAGACUUGUGAUGACGACUCCAAAAGCGUGGGCGGUUUGUCGACGGAUUCGAGCGGUUCCCGUCAGACGACGCCGACGCAUCGACCGCCUGUGAUGAGCAUCGCCAGCCAUCUACGGGACCCCCCGCCCACGCCCACUUCUUUGGGCGACGCCGACGCGCUGUCGCUCAACGACACGGUGAUACGUAAUGACGAGCCGCUUAUGGAGCCAUAUGAAGCUGAACGAAUGGUCUCUGAAAAUCUUAUCCAACUGGAAGAAGACUUUCAGCGACUAGGGACCAGCCAAGAGAAGCCCACAGCCAAGCCUGUGGAUAACGAGCCCAUAGACGACUCGCCAGUCUACUUCAGACGCGUGGUAUUCUCCCCUGAGGUGCCCAUUCGUCUGGACUACGUUGGAAAGCGUGUUGAUUUGUCCGCGGGACCGGUCGCCGGUUUGCUCAUGGGUCUUGGACAACUCAACUGCUCGGAGCUGACUCUAAAGCGACUCGACUAUAGACUCGGUCUGCUAGGGCUGGAGAAACUGGUCCAGUGGGCCAUGCACGAGUGGUUGUCGGACAUUAAGCGACACCAACUGCCCGGCCUGCUCAGCGGCAUCGGACCCAUGCAUUCACUGCUACAGCUUAUAACCGGUAUUCGCGACCUAGUAUGGCUGCCGGUGGAACAGUGGCGCCGCGACGGACGACUAGUUCACGGCCUGCGAAGGGGCGCUGCUUCGUUCACCGCUCGUACUGCUGUCGCUGCACUGGAUAUUACUACGCGAAUACUGCACCUCAUACAGGCGACAGCAGAAACUGCUUUCGACAUGUUGACCCCUGGCCCUACGCUACAACUGCAGGCGGCGUACGAAAGCCGACGGCGAAGGCGUAGACGGGACCCUUCCAGGCACCCCACUGAUAUAAGGGAGGGGGUAGCCACCGCCUACCAGACUGUUCGAGAGGGUUUCGCGGAGACAGCGGCGACGAUGGCGCUGGCGGCACGCUGCGAAAGCGGCGUGGGCGUACUGCGGCAUCUGCCCGGCGCCGCCGUAACGCCGCUAGUGCUGGCCGCCGCCGGCGCCGCUGACGUGCUGGGCGGCGUGCGCGCGCACCUGGCGCCGCACCGCGCGCGCGACCACGCCGACAAGUACCGCCGCCACCCGCCCGAAUCUGCAGAAUAAUGUGCCGACUUCAAGUUUCUUGAACGAUCCCCCAAAUGUUUUUCGGGGUGAAGGUAAAAUACAGAAGUUUAUUAAGUAUCUUAUAUACCUACAACAAAAUUAACCAAUCGUCAUGGUCACUCAUUACAUAAUUUGCUGUUUUUAUAAAAUACAACUCUAUCAUUUUGUCAAUUCCUUUCCCAGCUUGAACGGUUUGUGAAUCUUAUUGAUACGGCGGCUAUUAUACAAAUGUUCUGUAAUAUAAACAAUAAUUAAUUUACUCCUUAUUUGAAUUAUGUACUAUAAAGUUUUGUGAUGUAUUUUAUAAGAAGAGUUACAAGCCAAAUUAAACAAAUUUUUAACUACAACACCUUGAUAUUAAAGAAUAUUUUUACACUAUCCUAUGACAAUCUUAAGGUGUCGUUAGACGAUCAUGCGACAUUUCCGUGAAUAGGGUGUUAAGGCAGAACUACACGAGUAGCUAGAAUUGGCUCUCGCAAUUCUCGAAAAUAAUUACCUUAACUUACCGCUAUUGAUUUUGUCAACAUGUGUCGCUCGUCGUGAAUAGUUUCUGCAUGAAACUGCGUCAGAAUAUCUUUCAACUUAAGUCCAUGUGUGCGUGACGGAAAGGACAUUUUGUUAUAAACUGUAUCUCUGCGUAGGCGCGGUGGUUACGCACUUCGUGGUUUACGCAUUACGCAUGCUGCAUUUCAGCACAGCACUUAGCAUUUUAUGCCGCAUGAUCAUCUAGGGCCACCCUAAGACUCAAAACAGUUGGCACAUUUAUAUUGCAAGGCAAAAUAAUGUUUAUUCGUUUCAAUAUUUUAUUGCUGUGUUUUCUUAUUUUCCUAGUACCUAACUGAUAAUAUAGAAAGUACAGUCGAUAUCAUGUCUGUUCGAUAUAAAAUUUCAAAACGAGUGAUUUUAGUGACAAUUAUUCAAUACGCCUUGCUGUAAUAAAUGUAUUUCCGCCAUUGUAAUCACAGCUUGUAACUCAUAUAGUGAUAGUAGUGUAAGCUGAAGCGCUUUUACUGCGCUCAAUGGUAAUUUUCCGAGGGGCAUACAUGUGCGUGCAACUGACUUUUUUAAUCACGUUAUAGAUACGCGCACAUUAUGGCAGGCCAUAGCCGCAGCUCAGCUUCCAUAGUUCAUUAGUGAUGGGCCGACGAAAAAAGAUUUGUUUUUAGAACAAAAAUUAACCUUUUUUGUUCCGGGACGCAGCGCAUUGAGGGAGUUUGGCUAGUGUACUGCAAGAAGGCUGAGCAUCUGUAUACACUAAAAUCUGCUAGUUUAAAGCACAGUGUGUCGGGGCGGGGCGGGCCGCAUCGCACGCAAAUUAAAAUCUGAAUAUGCGGCCCCCUGCGGCCCGGCAUAUUGAGCGAUAAUUCAUAUUUAAUACAUACGAGCGAUUUAAGCGGAGUUUUGUUUUGCGACCCUACAUAAUGUGCGCGAUCCUUAUGAAGACAAUUAUUGGAUCUAACUUGUUUUUCGUCUACUCGAGACUGGUGCUUAAAUUUUUUAACUAUUUUAGCAUUUUAGGGCAUUUAGUGGCAUAUAUUUAGGCUGUUACCUUAAAAAAGAAAAAAUAUAAAUUCCCUGUUUUAUAAAGAAUGAUCAUCAGGUGCCAUGACAGGAAUGAAAAAAAAUCUCUAUGUUGAUAUUUUUAAGUAAUGCCAAAUGAGUCAUGAUUCGAAAUAUGGUAUUUUUUUUAAUCUAGUGAAACAUGUUGAUGGAGGUUAUAUAGCUUAUUUAGAGUUUUUAUGUUUGUAGUUUAUUAGCUAGUGUGAUAUCUUUUUAUGAAAAUUAAUUUCUUUGUUGCAAAAUGGUCAUGUGUGUAAAUACCAUCUUUACUCUCCAAUAUCUUCAAUAUGAUUGAUUAAUGUCUUUCCGAAUAAUUAUAAUACCAGAAGUGACUCAAGCUGAUUGACUGAUAUGUUUUACUUGACUUCGUUGUGAUUCCCACUUUACUAGGCGUUUAAGAAAAUUGUUUCCAUUAAUUCACAUUGGAAAUAUUAGAGGAGGAACUUAUUUUUUAUAUAUUGAAAUCAUUUCCUAAUUAUCAAUAAAUCAUAAUUAUCAAGGUUUUUGU